AUGUUUAAAACGGCUAUUUUGAUCAGCUUUGUGGCUCUUGCUCAUUCAGCAUACGACGAUCUUCCACAAGUUUCCGAUCCUUACAACCCACCGGGUCAUGCUCCGGUUACUUGCAGUGAAGAUUAUAAAGCAGUUAUUGAAUCCACUAGAGCCGAAUUGGGUAAAACCGAAACUAUUGUGAAAUACACUACUGUUUUAGGUAACCGUAUUCAGCAGAAGUUUGGAAGAUCUCAUGAAGUUUUGAUAGUCAAAACUGGCCAGAUUGGACACAGAAGUAAUUAUAAUGGAUCGAUCUGUAGACAUGAUACCGACUACGGAUUUCACUACGUUCUUUACCCAACCCCAGGAGAUUACAACAUCCAUGAUGCCAAGCUUGAGGAAUAUUUUGAGAAAUUCUCCGCGUUCUCAUCGAUCAGACAUCCAAAUAUUGCUGAUCUUCCAAUCGAUCCAAGAAGACUUUAA